AUGGAAAAAAGAAAUAGUUUUAAACAUAAUAAAAAUAUUUUUAGUUUUGAUGAUAGAUAUCAUCAAGUAUUUAAUGAUACAAAUAAUUUAAAUAAUAAUUUAAAUAAUACAAAUAAUAAUAAUAAUAAUAAUUUAAAUAAUACUUCCAUAAAUAAUAAUAAUACAAAUAUAGCAAAUAUUACUAAUGUAAAUCAUUCAUAUCAUCAUAAUGUACAUUCAUUAAAUGAUGGUAAUUUGACACCAUCUACACCAUUUAAUCAAUCUCAAUUACAUGUUCCAUUUUCAUUACAAAAAAGAACUUCCAUUUUAAGUAAGAGACAUUUUAAACAUGUUUCAAAUUCACCAAAUAUAAAUAAUUCUAAUUCUAUUAAUAAUAAUAAUUCUAAUAAUAUAAAUGAUAAUAUUUUUGAUUUACAAGUUAAAACUAAUGAAAGAAAAUUUAGAAUUUUAAUUUUAAAUAAUUUUAGAAGUGUUUCUAAAAGAGUAAAAUUUACUUUAUUGGAAAUAUUUAAAUAUAAAAAAGUUAUUUUAGGUGAUAAAAUUAUUGAUAUUCCAUAUGAAUUUAUUUGUAUAUGUGAUACUUUAGAAUUACCUUCUCCAUUAUUAAAUGAAUUUAUUGGAUUUGUACCAACAUUAUGUGCUAAUACAACAAUAACAAUACAAGAUAUUCAAAAUUAUUCAACAAAUAUUCAACAUAUUAUUCAACAACAAUUGAAUAGAUUAAAUGAACAAACAAAUUUAAUUGAUUGUGUUGAUAUGACUGUUAAAAUACAACAAUAUAUUAGAGAAAUUAUUAUACAAUGUAGAAAUCAUCAAUAUAUUAAAAAAUAUCCAACAAGUGAAGCUUUACCUUUUACUGUUAUGGCAUGCAAAGCAUACGCAUUGAUAUAUAACAAGACAUUUGUAACACCUACUCAUGUACAAUCAAUAAUUUCAAAUUUAUUAUUUCAUAGAAUUGAAUGCAUUUCAGAUGAUAAAUGGAAUGUAAUUCAACAAGUAGUUUCAAAUGUUUUACCACCUUGA